AAAGGAGGAAACAUAAUUAGUACUUCCGUUUUCGUCUAAAAAUGAAAAAAUCGAAAGUCUAAAUUGAUAAUAGUACUUUGCGUCUUAUUUUCGAUGAAUGAAAUCAAAUCAUUGUUACAGAAUGUUGUGAAAGCUACACCACAUUCUUAUGAAACUGCUCAAAGUUCUCAAGAACUGUCAAAUGGCAUUGACGUAGAAAAUAAGAACACCAAACUAGACGUUGUUGCUCCAAAUGAUACUGGGAAAACAAAACCUUCACUGGUGAUACCAGUUAUCGACCAAGAAUGUAAAGAACUGCAGGAAACUAUAUUUGAUCUUAUCCGAGGUAUUAUAGAUCCAGAGAAGCCACAGACUUUAGAAGAUCUAGAAGUGGUAAAUGAAGAAGAUGUAUGUGUUUACAGACAUGAAGAGGAAUUAUGGGUCAGACUUAUAUUUACUCCAACUGUGCCUCACUGCUCACUGGCAUCAUUGAUAGGUCUUUGUUUAAGAAGCAAGUUGGAGACAUGUUUGCCUGAAAGACAUAAAGUUGACAUUUAUAUCAAAGAAGGAACCCAUUCAACAGCAGAGGAAAUUAAUAAACAGAUUAAUGAUAAAGAGAGAAUAGCUGCUGCAAUGGAAAAUCCAAAUCUUCGUGAGCUGGUAGACAAAUGUAUUGCAGAUGAGGGAUAACAGGAAAUGAUCAUUUUACUGAACUAUUAACUCAGGAAUUGUGCCAACUCAACACAUGUAGUUGUUGGGUUUUGUUAUUCUCUGUAAUAUUCCAUGAUACAAAGUUUUUAUAAUUUGAUUAUAUGUGAUUUUGUAUUUCCUGGUCUCAGAAUGGUUAAUGACAAUGUCUUUUCUCAUCAAGUCCCAGAUAGUGAUUAAUAUUUAUUUAGUUAAUUGUCCUAUUGUUUAUGAAACCUGGGUAAAGAAAAUAAGUUUUUAAAACAGCUUUUACAGGGAAGAUAAUAAUAUAUAUAUUAGAUGUGUCUUUGUUUUAAUAAUAGCAUGUUUGUAUGAUUUAUAGGUGUUUUAUUUUAAUGACGUAUUGAUCCUUUUAUAUUCAUAAUUAUUUGUUUGUUCAGCCCUUUUAUUAUGUGUAUGAAAAUUUGAAAAUUUAUAUGUUUAAAAAUUUGAAUUUUUAACGAACAUUACAUUCCUGUUAAAUUCUAAUCCUUUAUUUGAAAAUAGUUGCUGUUUCUUUUAAAUUUUUAUAUGUGCAUACUCAAAUCUUACAAAUAAUUAAUGGUAAUAUCUUAAAUAAUUUGAAGGUUUUGAUUUUAAUACCGGUAUGUAAAUGUUGAAUUGCAUUAUCAUUUCACUGUUAUUAAUGUUAUGGAAAGGAAUAUUUGUGAAUGUCAGCCUCAAACAGAUGUAUUCCUAAUAAAAUGAUGAGAUGAACUGUAGGUUAUUAUUCUCAUACUCGGCUUUCGCAUACAUAGUUUGAAUUUAUGUGAACAAUGGGUAUGUUUCAUGGUUAAAACAUAAUGUUCUUACUUAUUGUGUGAAUCAUACAAAAAGCAGAAGUUUGCUUCAUUUUAAACGUAGUACGAUGAAAAUGAAGCAAACUUCUGCUGUAGAGUUUUCCUCCUUACAUUUGGUAUUGCAUCAUAAUUAUUCUCUAUGUACCUUUAUGUUUCAAACUGUAUGAUAUUUAACAAUUAUAGAUAACUGUUUUGCUUGUAAAAAUGCUUCUAUCAUAUUUAUUAACAAAUGAAACAUUGUAAAUUUAAGGGGAUUUGAGACUAGAUAUACUGUUAUUCUAGAAACCUUUUUGUGCAUGCAUAACUGUGAUACUUAAAGUCAUAAGAAACGAGUGACCGGUGAAAAAUAAUGUUCUUCCAAUUCUUAAACCAAUGCAUACAAACAUCAUAAACUUAGUCUUUUGUGCUUUAAUUUAUCAUUUUUUUCGUGUAAAUUUCGUAAAAUCGUCAAGGUUUUUUUCAAUCGGUCAGUGUUGUUGUGAAAAUAUGGCAGGUAAUUAAAGUUCGUGUUUUGAAGCCGAAGUUUAACGAUUGUCACCUGUUUGUCAACAAUCUACAAAAAGCAUGGAAAUUGAGCAUGUGUUUAACAUGUAAAUUCAGAUUAUAGUUUAUUUUAAGGACAUCCAUGCGUAUUGUGGUCACGGGAAUUUUUACGAGAUGGGUCACACUGAGGUCACCUUGCAUACGGAAAAUAUAUCGGGGGAAUUGCUUGCUGGAAGGAAGCAAUUCAAAUAAAGUAAACUUCUUCUAAAUAUGAAUAAAUUAAAGAAUUUUCUUCAGAAAAAAGUAUAUGUACAUAAGUUUUACAAUAAAAACUAUCCAUUGAGUUAUAAAAAACAUAUGCAUUAUUUUUUUUGGAUUUGAGGUUUCUUAUGAUUUUAAACAUUGGAUUUAAAAAUUCAAGAUGAAAUUUAAGGAUUUGAAUAAUAUGCUUCAUACAAAUAAAUCUAUGACCCUGUAAAAUGAAAAAUUGUUGUAACUUUUGCAAUGAUAAAAACAUCACAAACUUUGGCUGUUUGCAAUAUUUAAGUCUAAUUUCCAGUUUAUAUUGUAAUUAUUCCUGUGAUAUUAUUUUUAAUAUUAUAUUAGAAUUAAAAAGUGCAAUCAUUA